UGAAAGAGGCCAAAGAAGCAACUAAAAAUGGAGAUCUGGAAGAAGCAUUUAAGCUUUUCAAUUUGGCAAAGGACAUUUUUCCCAGUAAAAAGCUGAUGAGCAGAAUCCAAAAGCUACAGGAAGCCAUGGAGGAGUUAGCAGAACAAGAUGAUGAUGAAUUUACAGAUGUGUGCAACUCUGGCCUGCUGCUUUAUCGAGAGUUGUACAACCAACUCUUUGAGCACCAAAAGGAAGGCAUAGCUUUUCUCUAUAGCCUAUACAGAGAAAAAAGAAAAGGGGGUAUCUUGGCAGAUGAUAUGGGAUUGGGGAAGACUGUUCAAAUUAUUGCUUUCCUUUCUGGUAUGUUUGAUGCUUCACUUGUGAAUCAUGUGCUAUUGAUCAUGCCAACUAAUAUCAUUAGCACAUGGGUAAAAGAAUUCGCCAAGUGGGCUCCAGGAAUGAGAGUCAAAACUUUUCAUGGCCCUAGCAAGGAUGUACGCACUAGAAGCCUCAAUAGGAUUCAGCAAAGGAAUGGUGUCAUAAUCACUACAUACCAAAUGUUAAUCAAUAAUUGGCAGCAGCUUUCAAGCUUUAAUGGCCAAAAUUUUGUGUGGGAUUAUGUCAUCCUUGAUGAAGCACAUAAAAUAAAAAGCUCAUCUACUAAGUCAGCAAUAUGUGCUCGUGCUGUCCCUGCACGUAAUCGCAUCCUCCUCACAGGAACUCCAAUCCAGAAUAAUUUACAAGAACUAUGGUCUCUAUUUGAUUUUGCUUGCCAAGGGUCCCUGCUAGGAACAUUAAAAACAUUUAAAAUGGAGUAUGAAAAUCCUAUUAUUAGAGCAAGAGAGAAGGAUGCUACCCCAGGAGAGAAAGCCUUGGGAUUUAAAAUAUCUGAAAGCUUAAUGGAAAUUAUAAAACCUUAUUUUCUCAGGAGGACUAAAGAAGAAGUACAGAAAAAAAAGUCAUGCAACUCAGAAGUCAGACUUAUUGAGAAGAAUCCAGGUGUUGAUGCCGUCUGUGAAAUGCCUUCCCUUUCCAGGAAAAAUGAUUUAAUCAUCUGGAUACGUCUUGUACCUUUACAAGAAGAAAUAUACAGGAAAUUUGUGUCUCUAGAUCACAUCAAGGAGUUGUUGACGGAGACCCGUUCACCUCUGGCUGAGCUAGGUGUCCUGAAAAAGUUGUGUGAUCAUCCUAGGCUUCUGUCUGCACGGGCUCGUUGUUUGCUCAAUCUAGGGAAUGGCAAAUUUUCUGCUCAAGAUGGCAGUGAGGAAGAGGAUUCCUCAGAUAUGGACAACAUUGAUCAUGUAACUGAUGAUACAUUGAGGCAAGAAUCUGGAAAAAUGAUAUUCUUAAUGGACCUUCUGAAGAGACUGCGAGAUGAAGGACAUCAAACUCUGGUAUUUUCCCAAUUGAGAAAAAUUUUAAACAUCAUUGAACGCCUCUUAAAGAAUAUGCACAUUAAGACAUUGCGUAUCGAUGGCACCAUUACUCAUCUUUUGGAAAGAGAAAAAAGAAUUAACCUGUUCCAGCAAAAUAAAGAUUACUCUGUUUUUCUGCUUACCACUCAAGUAGGUGGUGUUGGCUUAACAUUAACUGCAGCAACUAGAGUGAUCAUUUUUGACCCAAGCUGGAACCCUGCAACUGAUGCUCAAGCUGUGGAUAGAGUUUACCGAAUUGGACAAAAAGAAAAUGUUGUGGUUUAUAGGCUAAUCACUUGUGGGACUGUAGAGGAAAAAAUAUACAGACGACAGGUUUUCAAGGACUCAUUAAUCAGACAAACAACUGGUGAUAAGAAGAACCCAUUCCGCUAUUUCAGUAAACAAGAAUUAAGAGAGCUCUUUACAAUUGAGGAUUUUCAGAACUCUGCAACCCAGUUGCAGCUUCAGUCUCUGCAUGCUGCUCAGAGGAGAUCUGAUAAGAAACUAGAUGAACAUAUUACCUACCUGCACUCUCUGGGGAUAGCUGGAAUCUCAGACCAUGAUUUGAUGUACACAUGUGAUAUGUCUGCUAAAGAGGAGGUCAGUGUGAUAGAAGAAUCUCAGUAUAUUCAACAAAGAGUUCAGAAAGCUCAAUUCCUUGUUGAAUUUGAGUCUCAAAAUAGGAUGGAACAACAAACUGGAAAUGAGGGGGCCUGGGAAAAAGUACCCGUGUUUCCUUCUCAAACAAAGAAGAAAUGCCCUGAAUUGAACAAACCACAGCCUCCGCCUUCUCCUCUUCUAACUAUUCAUCCUACCCAAGAAGAAGAUAUCAGUUUUCAAAUGGCAAAUAUAAACAUUAAUGAACAGUCCAAAGAGAGUGACACACAAGAUCUUUCCAGUGUACAGAUAAACGUUACCAUGCUGCAAGAUAGUAAGUACCCACAUGAAAAUACACUGGAGGCUGACUUUGUAGCUACAUUACCCAAAGAGAUGGGAAGUGUUGAAGGAACUUGUACUGACUUAUUAUUGGGAACAGCAAAAAACAUUGAAACAGAAAAUGAGGCUCUGCAAAAAGAGGCAUCACAAGAGAGGCCUGAGCAAGAGGCACUGCAAGAGAGCCCCCGGGGAAGUUUUAAUUAUUUACUUAGCCAACCCAUGAAAGCUGAUCUUGGGCCAAAUCUAGAUCUACAGGAUGAUGAGAUUUUACAAGACUCUAAUCCCUGGCCCAUAACAAGUGAAAAUAAAAAUACAGAAUCGGAUGCAUCUGUUAUUGCACUAUCUGAUGACUCAUUGGCAUCCAAUAGUGCAGUGCAGGAUACUCAAGUAAAUGAGGCCAACUCAGAAAGGGAAAUUUUAGCAUCUUCACAAUAUAUGUGUGAUUUCAAUCUUUUUCUGGAAGACUCUACAGACAAUAGACAAAAUCUCUCUAGCCAGUCUUUAGAGCAUGCUGAGAAUGAAAAUAGCUUGUGUGGCUCUGUAGGUAAUUCUACAGCAGAGUCUGUGCAUAGCAACACACAUCCCAGUUUGGAUCUUUCUGAUAAGAAAGAUGAUGAAUCAGUAGUAGUAGUUAAUGUCAAAUCCAGAAGCAAAUCUAGAAGGAUUGUUUCAGAUGAUGAGGAUGAUUUUUUUAAAGGUACUUCAAACAUAAGUCCAAUCAACACAUCUCCCUUUCAGUUCUCAUCUGUGAAACAGUUUAAUGCUUCAACUCCUAAAAAUGACACCAGUCUAUCUAGAGGAUUCUUUUCACCUAAAAUAUCCGAUGGUAUAAAUAAGUCUAUAAACUCAAGAAAAUCCCUGGCUUCUAGGAGGUCUCUGAUUAAUGUGGUUUUAGACCACGUGGAGGAUAUGGAGGAAAGAUUUGACAACAGCAGUGAAACAGAGGGUGCUGAAGAUGAUUGGGAAGAAGAAAAAAGCAGUGAUGAAGACUCAGAACAUACAGAAGAGGGUCCUUCUAGAGAAAUGAUGUCUUCAGAAAAUAAGUUCAGUGGGCUAACUGUGUCUAAACCACUAGAUUCUAGCCUACAGACCUCUGCUGAUGUCCCUGAGCCUUUGCCAGGUGCAGUGUUGAUUGAUUCGCCCCAGGACAAGUCAGUGGAGGCUGCAGAUGACUACGAGACUCUUGUAACUCGUGGAAAAGAACUGAAAGAAUGUGGAAAAAUACAGGAGGCCCUCAACUGCUUUGUUAAAGCACUUGACAUAAAGAGUGCAGAUCCUGAAGUCAUGAUGAUGACUUUGGGUUUGUAUAAGCAACUUAAUAGCAAUUGAGAGUUCCAUAAUCUAUUUGUUGUAUUUUAAAAUGAAAGAGAAUAUGAGAUAAUUUUUAAAGUUCCAUCAUUGGGUUCUUUGGGAGCAUGAAGCAUUUAUGUUAAGAAAAAUCUCAAAAAGCAAAUUUUAUUUCUACUCCCUGGUUCUUACCUUGCCCCUCAUAUAUAAAUUCUGUUUUCUGAGCAUGAGGUUAAUAUUUCCACACUUGAGUAUUGUUUUAUUUUAGGCAUAAUCUAUUAAUUUUACUGUUUGUGUUGUUUACUUUAUUAAAACUUUCUAGAGAAGUUUUUAUAAAACUAUUCUGGCUACUUUAUU